CUCUGCGGUCACUGUGUGUGAGCGCAGGGGGAACGCAGAGAGAGGGAGCUUCUCUGCCAGCAUUUGCAUCAGCAGCAUUUCAGAAGAAUCCCUGCUGCCACAGCCGUGCAGUCAUCCAGGGAGCAGGAUGCUCAGGGCAGAUGAAGGGAUGGGAAAAGAGGCUGCUUUACUCCAUGGGAAGUGCCUCAACAGUGUUCACAAGGUACAGUGAUUGAUUUCCAGUAUGAAGCUCAGCAGUGGGAGCAAAAUCAUUUCCAUCCUCAAAGACAGAAGCAGCAGCAGCAGCAGCAGCAGCAGACAGCGGCAUCGGGGAAAUAUUCUGGUUCAGACUCUGACAAUCCCAGCAUCACCCUUUGGACCCACAAGACAACAUUUGACCUAAUUUUCAAACCUCAUACUUUCUGACCGCGCUCCCUGGCUUUGAAGGAUGGGUGAUGGGCCUGUGACUGUCCCCGCCCGCCUGCCCCAUCCUACCCUUCAAUGGAGCCAACGUGGAACUCCUCCCACACGACUCCACAGCCCGUCUCCAACGUGUCCGCCUUAUUGCUGUCCGAAGGCUGGGCUCUGUCCCAGGCGCUAGCCCUGCUAGCAAUGCUGCUCAUGGAUCUGCUGGCUGUGGUGGGCAACGUGGCUGUCAUGGCAGUCAUCGCCAAGGCCCCGCAGCUCCACAAGUUUGCCUUCGUCUUCCACCUGUGUGUGGUGGACCUCCUGGCAGCCCUGGUGCUGAUGCCGCUCGGCAUGCUCUCGAACCGGGCCUUCUUUGGCGAGGCCUUGUGUCGGAGCUACGUCUUUCUUAGCGUGUGCCUAGUCAGUGCUGCCAUUCUCUCAAUCUCCGUCAUCAACGUGGAGCGGUACUACUAUAUCAUACAUCCCAUGCGUUAUGAGGUGAAGAUGACUGUUGGUCUGGUGGCUUCGGUGCUGGUGGGGAUCUGGGUCAAAGCUCUGGCCAUGUCUGCUCUGCCGCUGCUCGCUUGGUUCCUGCAAGGCGGAAGAACUCCUCUCCUGGACAGCGGUGGGGUUGGUGGAGGAGGUGGAGGGGCCAUCCCACCUCCCCCCACCUCUCAGGGUCACAGGCGCUGCUCCCUUCACUGGACUGGAGGAAGCUCAAACCGCUUAGCCUUCAUGGUCCUUUUCACUCUGGUGUACUUCCUCUGCCCACUGUUGGUUAUCCUCGUCGUCUACUGCAACAUGUUCAAAGUGGCUCGGGUGGCCGCCAUGCACCACGGGCCGCUUCCUACUUGGAUGGACACGCCACGACGGCAGCGGUCAGAGUCGCUCAGCAGCAGGUCCACCAUGGUCACAAGCUCUGGGACGGGGACUGGCACCGACAGAGCCACUCCACACCGACCCUUUGGGGGAGGAAAGGCUGCUGCCGUGUUGGCGGCUGUAGGCGGGCAGUUCCUGUGCUGCUGGCUGCCCUACUUCACUUUCCACCUGUACUCAGCUCUGGCUGCCAGUCCACCCGCUGCGCUGGCCUCUCUGGAAGAGGUGGUGACCUGGAUCGGUUACUUCUGCUUCACCUCCAACCCGUUCUUCUACGGCUGCCUGAACAGACAGAUCCGCGAGGAGCUCGGCAAGCAUCUUCCUUGCCUGUUUCGCAGAGCUGGGGUCGAAAUGGAGGACAGACUGCCGAGCCGUGACGGGUCCAUAGAGGAGAAUUUUCUUCAGUUUCUUCAAGGCACUGCCUGCAACCUGGACCCUCAAAACUCUCGCAGCACUUCCAGCCCGAAGGGGGGAGAGGCCUGCUGCCCUGUUGCUCAGUGCCAACCUACUGAGAUAGCACAACCCAUUCCUAUUGAUUUUCGCAUCCCUGGACAGAUUGCCGAGGAGACUUCAGAGUUUAUUGAGAUUGAACAGGCAAAAAACAACCACAUAUAUACAGACAAUUAGGUUUUUUGUUGCAAGCAAAGAUGUAGAGAGUUCCAGGAAAUUCCCUCUUUUUUUCACUUUUGUUGAAAGAUGUGACUUGGUUUGACCCAUUAGGGUUUCACUAUAUUUUUCAGCUCCUAUAGUGACAAACUUACGGUGCCUCGCAAAAGUAUAAAUACCAAUUGAGCUUUUUCACACUUUUACAUUGCAACUGAAAAGUCUGUGUAUUAUUUAUGCGUCAAAGCGGUUUAUGAAGUGGAAAGAAAAUGUUAUGGAUUCACAAGUUUUUACAAACUUAAAAGGAUAUGUAAAUUUAUAAAUACAAAUCUGAAAAGAGUCCACAUGUAUUCCUUUACUAACCUCUUUUACCCUCAAAUAAAUUGCCUUAAGAUGUCACCUAAUUAAACCAAAGCAAAUAUUAUCCCUGUGUAUAAAUUGAUCUUUGAAUAAAUCUAGUUUUUCUUGAGAGACCAGUUAGAGAACAAACAGCAUCAUAUAGACCAAGGAACACAGCAGAAAGGUCAGGGAUAAAAUUGUGGAGAAGUUCAAAGCAGGUUAGAGAACAAUAUCCCAACCUUUCAGGUAUUGAAUGAGGUACGGAAAGGUUGUGAGUAGAAAUCAAAACCUUUCCAGAAAUCGAAUGUGAGUAGCAAACCUACCAAGAUGGCUGCCCACCUGAACCGAUGGUUAGCAAUUUUUACAAAAAGAUUUUGCUUAGAAAAUCAAAAGCAACAUCACUCUUUUGAAGCAAAAUAGCUUGUUUUCAUAAUACAUGCUGUAGGAAAUUUCUUUACAUUUUUAAGCAAAGUGCAAAACAAUUGAAACUGAGAGUUUUACCUUUCAGCAAGAUAACUACCCUAAACAAUCAGAAAGUUUAGGGUAAAAUGCUGUGGCUUAAAUCACAGCAUGUUUAAGCAUAGUCAAAGUUCAGGCCUAAUCUGAAUGUGUCUAAAACUGGACAAACAGUGAAAAGACUCACGGUUAAAAAAGGCACCAACCUAGAGAAGCUAAAAACUAUGUAUUAUUUUCCUUCCACUUCACAAUUAUGCUCUACUUUCUGUCGGUCUGACACAUAUAAGUCCAUAUAAAUAAUUUGACAAAUUGUGAAAAAGUUUCAAAAGGUAUCAAUAUUUCUGCAAGAGAUUGUAAAGGAUUGUAUUUCAAACUGUUCCUUGUGAAAAGGGAAAUUCAUAUACAAGUGAUGAAUUUUGAAGAACUUGCUGCACUUUGGCUUUAAACACAAACACUCAGCUCAGAACAAUAAUAAAGGGAACCUUGAGAAUUCACACUGAAAGAACCCUUUAAACAAAGCAAAGUCAUAAAUUGUAACAGUAUUUAGAAAUCUAGUUACAUGAGGGGAACAAAAUGGAGCUUUAAAUUGCAAAUGUUUAGGGAAUUAUUUUGUAAUUUUAGGGGAUCAAAUAUAAAGUCUAUGAUACAAAUACAACAUCUUGAAGUCUACGUGGUCUAAAAAAAGUUGGUUUUGGGAAAUUUCUAUGAAAAUUAGAACAAGACAGCAAUAAAAUAAAAGGUAUAACAGGUAAUUUGGCUUUCAUCUGUUAAAUGAAAAUGCCAGUCCCCAAAUCCAGCCAGGUGGUUUAAUUUUUAAUGGAAGUGCUGCAGAUGAUACAGCUUCCUUUCUUUAAAUAAGACCUUCUUUAAUUUCUUCUAAGAAAUCAGGUGAGAUUUAAAGUGGUUCCAUUUAGAUUAAAAAACAUCUUCAGGGUUAUUGAAACUCUCUGCCAUGCAGUUUAUUAAGCAGGAUAUUUGGAUAUGGCUUUUUAAACAGUAUUGUAUGAGAGCACUGCAUUACAUCCCAAUAGGGUUCUGUUUCUUUUGUUGUUUAAUGUAAUAAGCUGUGUUUAUUUUUUUUUGCAAGAACGUAUAUGUUUAUGUUGUGUACGCCACUCAGUGAGUGCAGUUUUUUAUAUUGUGAAUCUCAGCUUUUAACAUUAAACUAAAGAUAAGCAAGACCAUUUUUUUGCUUUCUUAACAAGUAAGCAGAACUUGUUGCUAUGUUUUUGCCUGUAGACAUUUUUUACUUUGACGACCCUUAUCAGGGGCUUUCACAGUACCUCAGUGCAGGAGAGGAGGAUUUUUAUGGUUCAGUGUUUUCAGUCAGGUAUAAUUUCUGCACUCUAAGUUAAUGUAAGAACCACAGAGCAUCUGCUUUUUAAAGGUUUACUAGGAAUAAUGGUUAUAAAGUUUCUGACCUUGACAAUGUAUUCAGCUGGUAUUUUAUAGCAAACUGUUAAGGAUAAAAUAUAUCGACAUGACUGUCAGAAAUAAUCUUUCUUACAUGGAAACAGGGUUUACAUAGUAUUUUCUCAAGGGUUGUUUUAGUGAUAAUGCCAGUCAAAAAUCAAACACUUGUUAAGCUUGACACUUUUUUUUUUUUCAUCAUGACUAAAUAAUAUCCCAAACUGUGAAUGAUGUGUUAUAGGGUUCGCUUUUGUUCAGAGAUCAAUUUUAUGCUGUGACAACAACAAAAAAAGAAUAAUUUCCGCUGUUCUGCAACAAUAUGAAUGUGUUCAGGGGAAAAGGCCAAACCUUGAGUGGAAGAAAGUGUUGUAAUAAAGACUUUAUAUGUUUGUAAAACA